AUGGCUAACAACCGCAUUGUAAUGCUGGGAGCUGGUGUCUCCGGUCUCACCACCGCAUAUCUACUGUCCCAGGAUGCCUCGAAUAGCAUUACAGUCCUUGCAAAGCACAUGCCCGGUGACUACGACAUCGAGUAUACUUCUCCCUGGGCUGGCGCCAAUUAUCUUCCGUAUGUCCUCCAAGGUGACCAUGAGAGAUGGGAACGAAACACCUGGCCCGCCCUGAGGGAGCUCACGAAGAACCACCCCGAAGCGGGCAUUCACUUCCAAGAAACCAUUGUUUACAACCGUACAAAGGAUCAGGGAUCAGCAACCGGGGAAUGGUUCUCUGAACUGGUGCAAAAAGACCCAUGGUAUAUGGAAGUUGUUCCUGAUUUCCAAGAUAUCCCCGCCGACCAGCUAGCCCCCGGAAUCGACAACGCAUCCAAAUUCACAUCAGUGUGCAUCAACACCGCCGUCUACCUACCCUGGCUAGUCGGUCAGUGCCGGAAAAACGGUGUCGUCUUCAAACGAGCCGUCCUGAAGCAUGUGGCAGAUGCAGCAAACGGCCACCACACAGGCCAAAAAGCCGAUGUGGUAGUCAAUUGCACCGGACUCUCGUCCAAGAAGUUGGGCGGUGUGCUCGAUGACAAGCUCUACCCUGCUCGUGGUCAGAUUGUCGUCGUGCGCAAUGACCCGGGUAAGAUGGUGUCUAUUUCCGGCACUGACGACGGUGAGGACGAGGUCGUUUACAUGAUGACCCGUGCAGCAGGUGGUGGAACUGUCAUUGGAGGUUCGUAUCAGAAGAACCAGUGGGAUCCGCUGCCAGAUCCCAACUUAGCUGUUCGAAUCAUGAAGCGGGCCAUAGCUCUAUGCCCGGAGCUGGUCGAGAAGGGACAGGGUAUCGAAGGUCUGGAUAUCAUCAGACAUGGUGUUGGACUACGCCCCCUCCGUGAGGGCGGGCCGCGUAUUGAAGCGGAGAAGGUCGACGGAGUGUCCGUUGUGCAUAACUAUGGCCAUGGUGGCUUUGGGUAUCAGGCUUCAUUUGGAUGUGCGGAGGAUGCUGUCAAGUUGGUCCAGGAAACGCUGCGCCGGAAGGAUAAAGCCAAGCUGUAG